AUGCCCCGCCAGGUGGAGCGCAGCGUGGGUGCCUUCUUGUUCCGAUUCACGGACUCGUUCUAUUUGACACUCCCCACCUGGUGGACCGCCUUUUCUGACAACGCGGUGAUGGAUUGCUGGGAUUAUUGGACGCGCGCAGGUAGUAGGCUCGUGCUGGAUCUGUUGUCUGCCUGGUCCGAUGUUGUUUUGCAGAUGGCCGGCAUUGUAUGGAUGGCCACAUAUGCGCAGAAGAAGCGAACGCAUCUUGAUGUUGGCGUGUCUUUUGCCAUAGCCAUGCUGGGGGCGUUGUUGGCUGUUGGGCAAGAGUUUGUCGACACGUUCAAUUACAACUAUGAUAGUGCUUCCUGGCAGCAUGCUUUCGUUCUCGUGAAGCUACCGCAGAUUACGUUGCAGGUGGCUCUUGCGAACGUGCUCUUCUCUGGUGUUGGCCUCCAGGUCCAGCGAGUUGGUGGCAGGAUCCACUCAGGUCAUGUGCUUGCCAGUUCCCAACGCGCUGGCCCGACCAUCGAAAUGCCGCCGCGAUUGGAGCACAACAGGAUGAUCAUCAUCUGCACGUCCUCCUCGUAUCCGUCGUGA